AUGGAUAGCGGCAGCGGUAACGGAAGUGGAACGCACGAUCAGGAACACCAUCCUGCUCCCGGAAACCAUCAGCAUCCGAGGAAUCCUAACGGAGGCAACGUCACCGGAGCCGACUACGGAAUGUCCACAUACGCCCGACUAAGCGGUCGCCGAGUUCUCACGGGACGAGAGCGGUUGAGGCAGAUGGAGCUGAACGACUACGGUUUCAUUGUGCGGAGUGACGAUUCCCGCCGACUCGCUGUCGAAUACUGGAGGAGACAGGAAGCACGCCGUCUCGCUCGCGAGGAACACCAGAGGAGAGAGGAAGCCUACCAUCUCGCUCACGUACAGAUGCCGACGACAGCCGCACUAAUUCAUCCUACUGUCGAGCACGUGAGUGAAGUCGACGCGCUACGUCUAAGUAUCCUGCACAUGGAUAGAACCGUAGCUACCCAUGUAGCUCCCGGAAACCAGCUGCAAGCAAACCAGACAGCGCACCAACCGCCCACCAACAACGCGGCGAACGUUCGACUUUGCAAACAUGGCCACGCCAUCGGAGUCGAGCACUGUACGAACAGAACUUACCGACAGAGCGGGCGUCCAACCGUGACGGAACAGAGUCUGUUACGACACAAGCAAAUGGUCGAACACAUAUUUACUGAGUGGACGGAGGACGUACGUCGUCUCGGUGUCGAGUUAACGGUCGAGGGAGCGGUAGCACUGGGUGCUAUGCGUGAACGCCAGCGACAGCAGCAAGGAUAUGAGAGAUCGUUCUACACGUUCGAUGAAAUCACCAUCCAGACCCCGGAAUAUUUCUGCCUGUCUUCCCAACAAGGUCACCAGACCGAAACCGAGCAACGUACGCAAAAGAAAUCACCUCCAGCCCGCAGUCGUCACUUCGUCAAUCCACGCAGUCUGCAGCGUCAAGCUGAACUAGCCGACUACGGUUACCUUCUGCGCAAAGCGCACGCACGCCGUCUCGCGAUGCAACACCUGGCCAAUCCAGACGCCAGUCAGACAGCUUAUCGGAUGAGAAAAGAGCUGCGUACGCGCCAUUGGGAAUAUAUGGCCUCGCAGAAGACCAACUACGCAUGCAAGACGGUUCUCUGGAGGGAGGAAACAGCAUCUUGCGCUGAGCCCGCCCCUUACCUACAACCCCACUGCCUAAAGAGAACCCAAGACAUCUUGCGUCGCACCUUUCCCUGGAUCGAGAUACCGGGGGCUAGGGAUCCGUGUGUCAAUUGUCUGGCGGAGAUGGCCAUGCGCAUCAAGAAUCAAGAAGAGACCUGGGUGGAUGAAGUCUCGGAGCGCUUCGCGCACAUGAUGAGCAACGAAUGGCGUUUCGAGGAUAUUCAGUGGUAG